CGUAGAAAAGAAUUGUUGGUCGUGAAGUCUCGUGGAAAUUUUUAUUUUUGAAACAAUUUGAAACAAAUUCGGCAAAAUUUUUACAAACUAUAGAAUAAAAUGUCCUCCUACUACAACAACAACGACAGAACUUACGACUCGAGCAGUCGCUAUCAAGGUUUCAGGCAGGAAAGCAGCAAUAGCAGUACCAGUGGCAACUACCAGCAUAGAGAUAGAGACAGGAGUUAUGGUUCUUCGCGUGGCGGAGGCGGCUUCAGUGCUGGCAGUAUCGGUGGUGGCUUCAAUAGGCCAAAUUUUGACCGUUCUGGCAGGUCAGAUAAGAGGGAUUACAGCUUCUCAACGUUGGAACCUGUCGUCCAGUGGGACUUGUCUAAGCUGCCCAAGUUUGAGAAGCACUUUUACCAAGAGAAUCCAAUCACAGCUCACAGAUCAAUUGACGAUGUGCAGUUCUUUUACAACGAGAAUCAAAUAACUAUCUCCGGUACACAGUGUUCAAAGCCUAUAUUGACGUUUCAGGAGGCCAUGUUUCCAGAUUACGUAAUGAGGGUACUGAUGCAACAGAACUGGACCAAACCGACACCAAUCCAAUCACAGGGUUGGCCUUUAGCUCUUAGUGGCAGGGAUUUGGUGGGCAUCGCUCAAACAGGAUCUGGGAAGACAUUAUCAUACAUAUUGCCAGCAGUUGUGCACAUCAAUCAUCAACCACAUCUGGCCAGAGGGGAUGGACCAAUUUGCUUGGUCCUGGUGCCAACAAGAGAACUGGCGCAGCAAGUAGCCCAGGUUGCUCAGAUGUUCGGAUCAUCAUCCAGAGUUAGAAAUGCUUGCAUCUAUGGGGGCGCUCCAAAGGGCCCACAGAUUAGAGAUAUUGAAAAUGGUGCUGAGAUCUGUAUAGCAACACCUGGUCGCUUGAUCGACAUUCUCGAGAUGAGAAAGGUGAAUUUGAAGAGGUGCACCUACCUGGUCCUCGAUGAAGCGGAUCGUAUGCUUGACAUGGGCUUUGAACCUCAGAUCAAAAAAAUCAUCUCCCAAGUUCGACCGGACAGACAGACUCUGAUGUGGAGUGCCACCUGGCCAAAAGAAGUCGAGAGGCUUGCAGAAAGUUUCUUGAACAAGUAUGUGCAGAUCAACAUAGGGGCCACUCAACUGCAUGCAAAUCAUAAUAUUCUUCAAAUUGUUCAAGUCUGUCAGGAGGAUGAGAAAGAUAGGAAAUUGGAUCGACUGUUGAAUGAGAUAAUGAGGGAGAAAGAAAAUAAGACUAUCAUAUUUGUUGAGACCAAGAAAAGAGCCGACGAACUAACAAGGAAAAUGAAGCGUGUCGGGUGGAUUUCUGCUUGUAUCCACGGUGACAAAUCACAGCCAGAGAGAGAUUGGGUGCUGAAAGAGUUCAGAGAGAACAAAAACCCAAUUCUUGUUGCUACGGACGUUGCUGCUCGUGGACUAGAUGUUGACGAUAUAAAGUACGUGAUCAACUACGACUUUCCCAACUCAUCUGAGGACUACGUGCAUAGGAUUGGCAGAACUGGUCGGGCUUCAAAGGUCGGAACGGCUUUCACAUUUUUCACCGCCAAAAAUGCUCCUAAAGCUAAAGGAUUAAUCUCAGUACUGCAAGAAGCCAAUCAGCAGGUUGAUCCAGCACUGUUUGCCAUGCAGGCUGUUGGAAGAGCUAGAGACGAUCGUAAGAAUUUUUUCAAGUCCAGUUACGGUGGACCAACCAAGAGAGGUGGACCGCCAAGCAGAAGAGGUGGACCACCUAUCAAAAGAGGAAGACCGUUUUAAUGUUUUGUGUGCGCGCAUGUACUUAUAAUGUAAUUUCUUCUAUAUCGUUCUUAUGUAUAUACAUUGUUUAUAGAUAUGUUUAGUGAAACUUAAUGUUAUUUCAAUUGUUGUUGACAUUCUUAUUGUUGUUUCCUAUUAGGUUUAAUUAUUAACUAUGGUAACAAACGUGAUUCAUUUAAAAAUAAAAUUCUUAUCAACUUU